UUUGCAAUCAUACCCGAAUGCUAGUUCCAUGGUGAUUUCUAUGUCUUUGUUUCCAUGCAUCAGGCUUGUUUGUAAACAAAGCUCAGGCAACGUAGUUUGCACUGCACACGUGUGGCUAAAUGCAAAACAUGUCGCACGUACCUGAAUGUCCGAUCUACCUCAAACUGCACCAGCCUACGUUGUUAGAUAGUUGGAUGUGUCUUGUAAUAUCUGAGGGUCGACAUGUAAACCUACAACCGCUGCAAAAAUAUAGUUUAAAUGGCAAAGCGCCGCGGUUUCAGGUCGUCUCUUGUUCCGUACACGUCAUCUGUCUGUGACGCUACGGGAAUUGUGAGGUGGCAGCUAGCUAGUUAGCGGACCUACCUCCAACAUGUCUGCCAUAUUUAACUUCCAGAGCCUGCUGACAGUGAUCCUAUUGCUCAUCUGUACCUGUGCCUAUCUCAGAGCCAUGGCACCCAGUCUCCUGGACAAGAACAAGACCGGCCUCUUGGGUAUCUUCUGGAAAUGUGCGAGAAUAGGUGAGAGGAAGAGUCCGUACGUGGCGGUUUGUUGUGUCGUCAUGGCCCUCUCCAUCCUCUUCUCCGACUAGCAACCCACCCUGCCCUGCACACUGGGAUUCCUAGUGGCAGAAUGAAGAAGACUGAGUCAUUCAGGAGAAGCAGCAGCAGUAUCUCCACUCUCACAGAGGAGCCUGUAUGGGACACAGCUGUGUUUCUCUUCGGUGGGGUGCCGCACGGGGCGUGGUUAAUGUUCUGUAGUAACACAUAGGGUCCCACUCUAGAGAAGAUCGCAAGCCUCCUCCAUCACUCCCUCCAUCCUUCUGGUGGCCAUUUCACAGUUUAGCCCCAAUCAGUUGUUAACCAACGGCCUCCUGGAUCUCUCUGUAAACACUGACAUUUGUUGUCCUCUGAUAUUAACCGUAGGGAUUGCCCCAUGUUUUUCACUGCACUCUGAUUUGUAAUGAGGUCCAUAUGGUAGAUGGACAGAUUUUGGUGAGGAGUGUAUUGAGGAAUUGACUGUUUUUCUGUACAUAAGACUCCAUUGAUUAGACUAUUGGACAGUUGUGCCUUUCUGUAACCCAGGAUUCAGUUUUUUCAUUGAUCACUGGGGGUAUGUCACAAAGUGGCUAAAUUUCAGAAACAUUAACCCCGUAUUCAACUUAAAUUCUCAUUCAGAAAAUAAGUGUUUGAUUAGUGUUAACUAGCUAACUGAUUGAAGCUGUUUGGUGAAACGUGACCCUGUGGUAGAAAGUGUUCCAUGUCUUUUUCCUUUUUGUUCCAUGUUGUCUUUUUGUCUUGCAGUCGUGAGAUCUGAUGGUCUGUGCAGCGCGACUGGCCGUGAGGCCGAUACGGAAGCUUAGUAAAGAUCAGUGACACUAUCGAGCAGUGUGCGGUUUCCUUUUUCCUUCAUCUUGUCUAAUUGUUACCAUACACCUGCAAAAAAAGAUUGCUCAGAUGUGCAAGUGCCUUUUGAGUUACUGUGUAGCGUGACUGAAAUCAAUAGGACCUGGAACAUGCCCAUUAUGACAGCACUACAGCCAAACUGUCAUUCAAUCUGAAAUAAAGACAACUGUUGUCGUCUCCUGAGGGA